CAAGAGGAUGGGGAAUGAUCCUGGGCUUUUUUAAUUUUCCUAGUCCAUAAAAAGGAGUUUGUUUUCAUUAUUCUGUAUCCAUUUUGGUAACUACACAACACACAAUAUGCCAGCUGAAAAGAAGGCUGUAGUCAUGCCAAGCCGAAAGGCGAAAAACAUAUACGAGAACUGGAAAGUGUACUCGAAACACGGAAAGCUCAUGUUCAGGUGCAACCAUUUUCGCGAAAUUCCCUUCUCCAUUUUAACCAAUGACCACCCACCAAAAUAUAUCAGGCGGAAAGCACAGUGGUACCUGACGCGCGAUUUAGCUCUUGUCAAGGACAACGAAGAACGGGCCAUUAUGCUAACGUUCGAAGCUAAAGGCGACGGUCACAGCGAGGAUGAUUACAUGGUGGAAGACCGCGAUAAUAUUUGCGUUGUUUGUGGGUCAGCUGACGGGCUUACUUUACAUCAUGUCGUUCCCUAUGUGUAUCGCCAGUGGUUUCCUCUGACUAUCAAAUCCAAAUCAAGUCGAGAUUUAGUAUUACUGUGUAAAAACUGUCAUGAUCGAUACGAAAGACAUGCAAUGACCUAUAAGAAAAACUUGGCAACAAAGUAUGACCUACCAUUAGAAGGCAAAGGAUGGGUGCGUGUGCCUGAGAAUCGAAUAGCGCGCAAAGCUGCAACGGCAUUGCUUCGCGCAGCAGAUAAGAUUCCCCCAGGGCGGCUAGAAGAACUCAAAAAUACCGUCACUGCUUUUUGGGAGCGGAAGAAGCAGGAUGCAACAGCUGUGGAUAUUAGCGAUACUGCUACUAGCGCCACCGCUACUUUGACCGAAUCAGCUGCCGAUUGGAAAUCCCUGAAUUGGGAUCACGUUAUUCAAAGAUGCAGCGAGCUUCAAGACGUCUUUCAAGGUGCAAAUUUUGUUGAACACGGACAAGGAGUGGUACAGCAAUUGAGGGUGUAUAAGAUUUUGGAUAAUGAUGGUAGAGAGCGAUGGCCCGAUUUGGAGGUUUUUAUAAAGCAAUGGCGUCAGCAUUUUCUCGAUCAUUCGAAGCCACAGUAUCUGAGUGAGCGAUGGACCGUGGAUGGAGAAAUAUAUACCCACUAAAAUGUAUAUAUCUUCCACUAGUUUUUGUACAUAUCUUGUCGACUUUGUGAAUAAUACAAUAUAUAUUUUCUCAUCCUUUAUCUGAAAUGUGGAUCGAAUU